AUGGAAAAUCCAAAUGGGAACAACGAGGAAGUACCACCUCCACCUCCACCUCCCCUUGAUCAAGACCAAAUCAUCCUCCAACUACAACAACAAAUGGAGGAGAUUAGAAGGGAAAAAGAGGAGGAAAGGAGAAGAGAGGCACCGGUUAGAAAUGCAUUUGGGAACGUUAAUAUCCCAAUGCCACCCAUUGAUCCAAGAGUGAAUGCCAACAAUUUUGAGUUGAAGACGGCAUUGAUCCAAUUUGUGGAGCAACGUGUUUUCUCGGGAAGGCCCACAGAGGAUCCUAAUAUGCACUUAGCCAAAUUCUUGGAGAUUGCCAACACAAUCAAGCUUAAUGGGGUUCCCGAAGAUACAAUCAAGCUUAGGCUAUUCCCAUUCUCAUUGACGGGAUAUGCUAGAGAUUGGUUUGAUAACCUUGAGCUAGGCUUGGUUACAAGUUGGGACGACUUAGCCAAAAAGUUCUUGGAGAGGUUCUUCCCUCUUAGCUCUACUCUCAACUUACAAGCGGAGAUCUUCCAUUUUAAAAUGAAGAGCCAAGAGUCUAUGUUCGAAGCAUGGGAAAGAUUCAACGCUUUGUUGAAGAAGUGUCCUAACCAUGGGCUAUCUCCGGGCCAUCAAGUGAGCCUUUUCUAUAAUGGAUGCUCGGAAUUCAUCAAAAGUCAACUAGACUUUGGCUCGAGGGGAUCAUUCCUGGACAAGGGGGUCGAAGAGUGCAAGAAGAUGCUUCAAAGGCUUGCAUACACUAGCAAGAGUUGGAGCUCGAAUCGAGAUGGUUCAAUGCCGGUAGCUUCGGUAGUUGAUGCGGAUGCCGUUAACCUUCUCUCCCUACAAUUGACGAUGUUGAAUCAAAAGGUGGAUGACCUUGGCUACCGCCCACCCUUUAAUGCGCAUCCAAACCUUUCAUAUGGGAAUUCGAGUAAUGCUAUCCAACCAUCUCCAUCUUUCGGAUUUGGAGCAUCAAGUGGGGCCACCAAUGCGCCUAGCACUUCAAAGUCUUCAAGUGAUGUUAUCAAUGAGCUUCUAAAAGCUAUAAUGGAGAAAACCAAUGGGAUUAUGGAACACUCUACCAAGAGGAUUGAUAAAGUUGAGACGUUGGUAGUGGAGGUCACCACAAGAUUGGGGGCUUUAGAGCAUCAAGUGAGUCAAAUUGCUCAAGCCGUUGGACAAAUACAUCAACCGGGGCAAUUUCCAAGCACUACAAUUGCAAAUCCGAAAGAUUGCAAGAUAAUCUACUUGAGGAGUGAGACAAGUUAUGAGAGCCCUCCUAUGCUCGAAGUGGAAACUAAGGAAGUACCUAAAGAAGAGGAAAUAGAGGUGGAGUCACCUAAUAUGCCAUCCGAGGAUCAACCCGAGACAACUAUACCUCCCAAGCCCAUGGAAGUCAAAAUUCAUUUUCCUCAAGUGGUGCAAAAGAAGAAAUUAGAUGAGAAGUUUGCAAAGUUCCUUGAGAUCUUCAAGAGGGUGAACCUCAAUAUACCUCUCAUUGAGGCACUCCAACAAAUGCCCGACUAUCUAAAAUUCUUGAAGAAGAUUAUGUCAAAGAAGAAGAAGUUGGUUGAUUAUGAAACCGUGAGCUUGACCGAGAAUUGUAGUGCAAUCAUCCAACAAAAAAUGCCGGCAAAGAUGAAGGAUCCGGGAAGCUUCAACAUCUCUUGUGUAAUCGGGAAUGAUAGGCAAACCAAGGCCUUGUGUGAUUUGGGGGCAAGCAUAAAUCUUAUGCCCUUAAGUUACUUCCGGAAGUUAAAGUUUGGUGUUUUGAAGCCGACCACCAUCACUCUUCAAAUGGCGGAUAAGUCCGUCAAGUUCCCCAAUGGAAUUCUUGAAAAUGUCUUAGUAAGGGUGAAUGAUUUUAUCUUCCCCGUGGACUUUGUAGUCCUGGACAUGAAGGAGGAUCCUAAUGUUCCUCUCAUUCUUGGAAGGCCAUUCCUUGCAACUGGGAAAGCUUUAAUUGAUGUCACCAAGGGAGAACUCACCCUUAGGCAUGGAAACAAGACGACUAUCCUCUCUAUGUUAGACAAGAUGAAACGCCAUGAAAUGGAAGAAUCCAAGAGAGUAGAAGAGGUGCCUUUGGAAAUUGAAGAGUGCAAGAUGAUACAAGUGUCUAAGGAUAUUGAAGUUGAGAAGCCCUUGGAGGAGAUCUUGGUCCCUAAUUGGUUCUUUGAGCUUGAGAAUGAAACAAGUUUGGAGGAGCAAAAGAAGGAGGUGCCAAAAGGGGCAAAUAGUGAAUCUCAUGGAGUUGACCUUGGAGAAAAUGACAAUCCUAUUUGGUGGAAAAAGCGGCUAAACAAGCUCUAUUUGGCCUUGUUGGAACAGGAAAAUGGGAACGAAACAGUCGAAAAACCGAAGACGGGCGAAAUCGGGACUUGA